GGAAGGAGAGGCGGGGCUUCUGGUGGCGGUAGGGAACUGGAGGGGGGAGGCGGCAAUAUUGUUUCAAGUUGGACAAAUUGACAAGAGCUAGAGAUACACUGCGUUCCAUCCCGACCUCGGGUCGCGGUGCUGGGCGGUGUUUCCCUCCUCGGCCCCCGAGAGCUGGGUGCCGUUUUCUGCAGGGUUCCCAGGCCCCCGCUCCAGGGCCGGGCUGACCCGACUCGCUAGCGCUUCAUGGAGAACUUCCAAAAAGUGGAAAAGAUCGGAGAGGGAACGUACGGAGUUGUGUACAAAGCCAAAAACAAGCUGACGGGAGAAGUGGUGGCGCUUAAAAAAAUCCGCCUGGACACUGAGACAGAGGGUGUCCCCAGUACUGCCAUACGAGAGAUCUCUCUGCUUAAGGAGCUUAAUCACCCUAAUAUUGUCAAGCUGCUGGAUGUCAUUCACACAGAAAACAAACUCUACCUGGUUUUUGAGUUUCUGCACCAGGAUCUCAAGAAAUUCAUGGAUGCCUCUACGCUCACUGGCAUCCCUCUUCCGCUCAUAAAGAGCUACUUGUUUCAGCUGCUCCAGGGCCUAGCUUUCUGCCACUCUCAUCGGGUCCUGCACCGAGAUCUUAAACCUCAGAAUCUGCUUAUCAAUGCUGAUGGGUCCAUCAAGCUAGCAGACUUUGGACUAGCCAGAGCUUUUGGGGUCCCUGUUCGUACUUACACCCACGAGGUGGUGACUCUGUGGUACCGAGCACCAGAAAUCCUUCUGGGCUGCAAAUACUACUCCACAGCAGUGGACAUAUGGAGCCUCGGUUGCAUCUUUGCUGAGAUGCACCUAGUGUGUACCCAGCACCAUGCUAGGUGCUGUGGGGAACACAGAAGAAAUGGAAGACACAGUCUCUGCCCGCUGUGCUCCUAUCUAGAAGUGGCUGCAUCACAAGGAGGGGGGAUGACCGCAGUGUCUACCCCAUACCCCGUGACCCGCCGGGCCCUAUUCCCCGGAGAUUCUGAGAUCGACCAACUCUUCCGGAUCUUUCGGACCCUGGGAACCCCAGAUGAGGUGGUUUGGCCAGGAGUUACUUCUAUGCCGGAUUAUAAGCCAAGUUUCCCCAAGUGGGCCAGGCAGGAUUUUAGCAAAGUGGUGCCUCCCCUGGAUGAAGAUGGACGGAGCUUGUUAUCGCAAAUGCUGCACUACGACCCUAACAAGCGGAUUUCAGCCAAGGCAGCUCUGGCUCAUCCUUUCUUCCAAGAUGUGACCAAGCCAGUACCUCACCUUCGACUCUGAUCGCCUUCUCAAGCCCCUACUCCCAGUAUCACCCUCUUCUCCAGUGCGAGUGUGAUCUGGCUUGGCCCAGGCUCUUAGCUCACUGAUCUUGUCUGGUUGCCUUAGCACUCACCUGCGCCUCUUAGCCAGUCCACUCUGGAAUGAUGGGGUGGAGGGAAGAAAUAGGUGGAAUUGAAAGGACGCUUCAGUAUUAGAUGCACUUAAGUCAGCCUCCACUCCCCUCUCUCCCUCCUCUUAGUCGUUGCUUAAGAGGGCUGAUAUUUUUAAAAAAGAUUAAAAAAAAAGACUUUCUCCUCCGUCUACAUAGGUUUGCCAUCCCAGUCUCUGAAAGCCCCACUAUUAUUAUUUUCUGUAUCUGGGAUGAUUAAAGACCCCAAGCCUCCAGAGCCACUGUGUAAGGCCAACUGAUAGCAUUGGGGGCUAAGUUGGAACCUUUGAAAACCAAGCAAAACAAAAACAUUAUGGAGGGGCCUGUUUUAAAGAAUUAGGUUUAAAAAAAUAGAUCCAACCGGUUUCUACCCUAGUUUUAGUGUUUCAUCUCACCUAACAUCUGGGAGACUCAGGACUCCCAGUCUCAGACUCCUAGUCUCUGUGGUCCCAGUGGGGCUGCAGUAGAAACGAUGGCUCCUAGGCUUCUUGCCUGUCCCUCCUAUGAGCAAGGUGUGUCUAGGAGGCUCUGGGACAGGGACUGUGCUUCACCUUGGCCUUAUGAGGCAAGUGACAGGUGUUUGAAUUUUUCUCUUCUUUUUAAGAUUCUUAAGGUGCUAGGUCCCAUCUUCCUCUGAAGGCCACCCCGUAAGAGUAAAAGUUAAGGUUGAGACAUCAUUUUGAGAAUUCUGACACUUAGGGCUGUGACUGACUGGGGAUAUUGGGGAAAAAAUAUUUCUUUAAAAGAAGGAUGAACAAUUAUAUUUAUAUUUCAGGUUAUAGUAGUUUUUUAAGUGGGAAUGGGUGGGGAUUGUUGCCAUGUGCACCUUGGGGUUUGUAAUGCAAAUAUGUUGUGUUUUUUUUUUUUUAAGCUUUUUUUCAUGAUUUUGUCUCUCUUCUCCCACCUUUUGUCCUUGAGUGUUCUUGCUGUUAACAUUAUUUGUAAUUUAGUUUGUAACUGAUUAAAAAGUUCCUAGUUUUACAGUUCA